ACGGUGCCGUCCGCCAGGACACGCUCAGCCCCGGACACGCUCGGCUCUGCACCCCUGAGACGAGCACCAAGAGGAGACAGCGGCGAGCGGGGCAAAGGCCACCCAGCACCGGCAGGGGAGACCGACCGGUGCCGCGCAGGGACACGUACUCAGUCUGACUCGGGCUGGCACUGGUGGCUAGGAAUGUCGUCCUGGACGAGGUGGCAUGGGCCCGCCAUGGCGCAGCUCUGGGGCUUCUGCUGGCUGAUCGUGGGCUUCUGGAGGGCCGCUCUUGCCUGUCCCACAUCCUGCAAAUGCAGCGCCUCUCGGAUCUGGUGCAGCGACCCUUUUCCUGGCAUCGUGGCAUUUCCGAGGCUGGAGUCUACCAGUGCAGACCCCGAGAACAUCACCGAAAUUUACAUUGCAAAUCAGAAAAGAUUAGAAAUCAUCAACGAAGAUGAUAUUGAAGCUUAUGUGGGACUGAAAAACCUGACCAUUGUGGAUUCCGGAUUGAAAUUUGUAGCUCAUAAAGCAUUUCUGAAAAACAGCAACUUACAGCACAUCAAUUUUACCAGAAAUAAACUGACGGUAUUGUCUAGGAAACAUUUUCGUCACCUUGACUUGUCUGAGCUGAUCCUGGUGGGCAACCCAUUUACAUGCUCCUGCGACAUUAUGUGGAUUAAGACUCUUCAGGAGACUAAACCCAGUCCAGAAACUCAGGACUUGUACUGCCUCGAUGAAAACAGCAAGAAUAUUUCCCUGGCAAACCUGCAGAUAUCCCAUUGUGGUUUGCCAUCAGCAAAUUUGGCUGCACCUAACCUCACUGUGGAGGAGGGAAAGUCUAUCACAUUAACUUGUAGCGUUGCAGGCGAUCCAGUUCCGAAUUUGUACUGGGAUGUUGGUAAUCUGGUUUCCAAGCAUAUGAAUGAAACAAGCCACACACAGGGCUCCUUAAGGAUAACUAACAUUUCAUCUGAUGACAGUGGAAAGCAAAUUUCUUGUGUGGCAGAAAAUCUUGUAGGAGAAGAUCAAGAUUCUGUCAACCUCACUGUACAUUUUGCUCCAACUAUCACAUUUCUCGAAUCUCCAACCUCAGACCACCACUGGUGCAUUCCAUUCACUGUGAAAGGCAACCCCAAACCAGCGCUUCAGUGGUUCUAUAAUGGGGCAAUUUUGAAUGAAUCCAAAUACAUCUGUACUAAAAUCCAUGUUACCAAUCACACGGAGUACCACGGCUGCCUCCAGCUGGAUAAUCCCACUCACAUGAAUAAUGGGGACUACAAGUUAGUAGCCAAGAAUGAGUAUGGGAAGGAUGAGAAACAGAUUUCUGCUCACUUCAUGGGCUGGCCUGGAAUCGAUGAUGGUGCAAACCCAAAUUAUCCUGAUGUAAUUUAUGAAGAUUAUGGGACUGCGGCAAAUGACAUUGGGGACACCACGAACAGAAGUAAUGAAAUCCCUUCCACAGAUGUUGCUGACAAAAGCGGUCGGGAACAUCUCUCGGUCUAUGCUGUGGUGGUAAUUGCAUCUGUAGUAGGAUUUUGUCUGCUGGUAAUGCUGUUUCUGCUGAAGUUGGCAAGACACUCCAAGUUUGGCAUGAAAGAUUUCUCAUGGUUUGGAUUUGGGAAAGUAAAAUCAAGACAAGGUGUUGGCCCAGCCUCAGUUAUCAGCAAUGAUGAUGACUCUGCCAGCCCACUCCAUCACAUCUCCAAUGGGAGUAACACUCCGUCGUCUUCAGAGGGUGGCCCUGAUGCUGUCAUUAUUGGAAUGACCAAGAUUCCUGUCAUUGAAAAUCCCCAGUACUUUGGCAUCACCAAUAGUCAGCUCAAGCCAGACACAUGGCCCAGAGGUUCCCCCAAGACCGCCUGAUAAUAAUUUGGUAUUUGGAGGCUCCUGUGUCACUGCAGGAACUAAAGGAGGCUAAAUCCAUGCCUGAUGGAGGAGAAGAGUUCUAUGGUUAUCUGCAAAUUCUGGCCAGAGAACAACUUGACGUCACUCCUUAGCUUCCAAAACCUAGCCAAGCAAGAAGUUGCCUUCCCAAGAGAAAGCAGUGUGCUCUAAUGACUAAAGUGCUAUGCCACUCUAACUAUAGACCCAUCUCCUCGAUCAAUCAGGAUGGCAAGAUGGAGCUGAGGAGCUCAGCAACAUCAAGGCUGGAGUUGGUCUUUAAUUCAACUAGUCUGUGUAGACGUGUCUGAAAACCACAUCAUCUGUCCGCACGGGGUGUUUUCCCAGUAGGACUGACCAACCCGGCUCAAGGGCAGCUGUGCUGCUAUCCUCUCCUUGACUGCUAAGAACAUUUUUGACAGGGUACAAUGGAAACACACCUUCUGAGCUGGAAAAAAAAAGAAAGAAAGAAAGAAAGAAAAAGAAAGAAAGAAAAAGAAAGAAAGAAAGAAAGAGAAAAAAAACCACUCUAACCAGCAAAACCCCCGAAUCAUCAAUCUUGGGUUCUCUUGAAGGGUGGGAACGCGUUAUAGCUUCCCCUGCAGGAAAAGCAAAUGCCAUAGACUCAUUGUCAUCCCUAGAAUUGUGUCUUUCCUAGAGCAGCCUUGUAAAUUAGCUAGGGUCCUAGGCGGAGGGCCUAAAUUAAAUGAGAAUUGUCCUGAAAUACAUACUGUAUGUGUUUGUUCUUACAGCGCAUGCCCUCUGUGUAUAUCUAGGGCUAGUAACUCUGUGGCAGAUGCAGAUAAGGAAUUCUGACUUUUUUCCACUUUAAUUCCAUUUCCAAUGAAAUGGAUGUUUAUUGACUUCCUGCAGCGUGUGCCAUACUUCAAGUAUUAUCGUUCACGUGUGUAUAUAUGUUCGUGUGUGUGUUUUCCCAUUGGUUACAUGCUUAUUAGGCAACUAUGUAGAUAAGCACAGAUUCAUAGACCAGCUAAGACUAAGGAGAUUAAAUAUAAUAAAGGGAGGGAGUGUUUUAACAGUAGUUGAAAAGAUCACACAGGACACCCCUCUUGCGCCCCUUAACUGCCAUACCCACCCUGUCAUUGUGUUACCAACCAGGGGAGGGAAUGGAAGUGGUAUUUUUCACAGAACUGCAGAGGUUUUGAAAAUGUUUGUAACAUUACUUUGGGUACACAUGAGCAAAAAUUCUGAAUCAUAUCCAAGACCUCAGGAGCUCGUUAUAUCAAGGGAUGAGAGUUAUCAGAGGUUAUCUUUGAACUUCAGUGCAAUCUGUGCCCAUGGUCCCUUUUGAUGGUCCAUUUGAUGGAAGUAAAAACAGGCAGAAACAAUUGCUAUAGCACUUUCCUAGGUUCUUUGCCUACUAAUUUUGUCUUUCAAAAGUAUGUUUUCUUCGAAGUAUUUAAUUGGCCAAACAAUAACUGCUUUGGGAACUGUUUAUAUCCCUUUGAAGGCCAUGGCCUGCACUUUAAAAAUAACCUAAGUCUGUUUUGCCCAGCAUGAGUGUUAGGGGCGAGAGAACGCAGUUAUUUUAGGAUCCUUAGAAAUUGCUUCGUUUAUGGCACAGUGGGCUGACGACUCGUUUCAUGGGGGUCUUCAUGGCACGUUGCUCAGCCUCUGUAGGUCCCAGUGCAAUUCUGUCUCUUGAUACCAUAGUCCCCCAUUGCCAGCUAUAACAGCUUGAUACUAUAUUCUCCUUUCAACUCCAGAGGACAUGGUAAGAAGCUAUCAAAUAAUGCUGAAAAAAAAGCAACUUGAGUUCCCUCGAAGAAAGGAAACGAAUACAUGCUGCACAAUUACAUGUAAAACGUAAGCCAUGUUACAAACUCUAUUGAGAAGGAGAUUUGUUAGGAAACCAGUUUCAAGCACAUUUACAACUAAGUAAAAUAAGAGACAUCAUUCUAUUAGCAUUUGACCGCUGGGUGACAUUAUUUGUUAUCAAAAAAGAAAUAACCACCCAGUUACAGGGUACCUAGACCUCUUAGAGAAAACAGUCCACCUUACAUUUAAUGACUAAAAGGGAAAAACAAUUAUAGAUUUAGAUCAGGGAGACACUCACAAUGGUAUUCUGAUUUUACUUCCACAUUAUCGGCCAACCAAGAGGGAAUUAUGCACCCCUCACACAUCAGGCAGUUCAGUCCACUUUCACCAAAUCAUCAGUGAUGUGCUGGAAGCAUGCAGGCAGAUGCAGGAUGCUACUGCAUUUCUUCUGGGUAUUUCCCAACGCCCAGCCCAACUGGAGAGCGGAUACCAGCAUGAUGAAUUUAUCAAAUGCACCCCCAUUUUGGUAUCUGGUUGGUCACUCUUGCACGUGCCAGCAGAUUGGGGACCAGGACCAGCUCAGCAAACACAUAUGCAGAGGAACCUCUUAUGUUGCUAAGCAGCUCCUGCUACCCAGAUGCUUUGAACACUGAAUGCUCCCUGUCGUUAAGGAGAAAUGAAAGAACAGGAGUUUUUCUUGGAUGCGGUGCUCGCUCACAGUUCAAUUCUUCAUGGCAGCUAAUGUAACAGAGUGCAGGUUUUCUCCUUGUGAAGUUUUCUCUGCCUUUGCUAAUUCUGCCAGCCAGAGAGGGUAAGCCACCAUGGUUGGGAUCUUCUCAGAUUAGUCAUUAUGCCAGCUCUCCUUAUGAAGUGCAGCCAUGCUGCCUUUCAUUCACGAUGUUGUACUUGUUUAUUUGUUUGCUGUUUUUCUUGGUAGUCGUUACUUCUCUUGAAAGGCAUGUAAGAUGAAUUUGCUCCACACCAUGGACAGGAAAGAAUUGGAGAGAGAUCUACUUAGUUCAACCUGAUAACCAAGCACAAAGGCAGUCUUACUCCUUGAGCUCAGCCUCUAGGAGGAAAGCUGCUUCCUGAGAUGGAGACAGCAGCCCAAAAGGUUCCUGAGUCCACGCUGCCCUCUGUCUGAGCCGGCUCCCUCUGGCUGAGAAGAUGCUGUGUGUUUCUGAAUGCUUGGGCUCCCUCAGGGAGGGAAAAAUUAGAAGGCGGCAUUUGUGUCUCAAAGGAAAAGGACAUGUCAGUAUCACAGUGACCUCCCCUCCACCCGCAGGGCUGAGGAGGUUCUUAGGCUGCAAAACUUUCAGUUUUAAAACUGGGAUAGUCCUGGGCAAAUGAUAAUGGAUUGGUCACCCUAGUUGGUAUAGCUCUGAUGAUUUCUGCUACUAAGACAGAAUUAAGUCCUCCUUACCCAAAAUGCCUGCAGAUACCCUAAAAUGUGAUUCUUUAAAAUAAAUAAUAUAGGUUGUAGUUGGAAAUUUGGAAAACGUAAGAAACAAAGAUGAAAUAAAAACUCAUCUAUAAUUCCAACAGAGAUAAUUGUUGAUAAUAUACUUUGGAUAUCCAACUUCCUCAUCUUAUGAGUGUCCUUUUAACCUCCUGUGAUAUAAAGUCUAACCACUUGUACCCUGGCCUUUAUUUGUACUGGGCUUUGUUCAUAUUUCUAUAGUAAAGGCUUGUCUUGGGUGAAUUGUGUUGGAAGGUCCAUAGGAGGCUCGCUGGGUAUAUUAUUGUCAGUGUCAGAUUUUCUAUUUGCUUGGUGAUGCAUAGGGAUUAAGACAGAGCUGGGCUGGACUGGCCAUGGCAGGUCGGGUUUCAAGGGACCGUGAAUCCAGAGGAGCUUAGCUUUUGCAGGGUGAGUGUCACAGAGGAGACAAGCCUUGUGUUAUGGGCCAGGAGGACUCAGGGAGCAAAAGGGUCCCGGAUCUGCCAAGGCAGGCUGAGCACUCCAGUUUAGGGUCAGCUCUCUGGAUGACUCCAAAUGUAGUUGUCUGCUCCGCUGGAGCAGAUGAUCAGUUUUUGCCCCCAGUUCUUCACCCCAGCUGGGUAGCUCCUUUCAGAGAGCCAAGCGUGCUGGAUCUGAAAGGGCCAGUCUGGUUACAUCUGAUAUGAUUCUCACUAUUUAGAGAUGCCUUUUCUUCCACCCAGGAUUCCUCGGCUGUGCAAGGACCUCUGAUGAAUUGGAAUCUCCCCUUAAUCAUUCAGCCUCACCUAAACUUGAUGGAGUCAGUAGCCUAAUAUUCUCCAGUCUUCCCCUCAUGAAAUGCUUCCUCUUCUCAUGUCUCAGGCAUCAAGGCCCAAGCUGGGGUUCUGGCCAGGGAACUUCUAUCAAUAGUAUGACAUACAGCAGUAUUUCAGAGUUGGCAUUUUGCACAGUAAUAUUAAAGUUGAUAGGUUCUAAAAAUGAGUUCAGAACACAUAUUUUCCUAUGCUUUGUAAGAGAUUAGAUUUGUGCGACUUUGAACCAAAGGGGUUGGGAAGAAUUCUAGAAAGGAAACAAUAAUCUAAUGCCUAGUUUCUCUAUUAUGCUUAUCAAUUACUAUAUACGUUAUGAGUAUGGGUAGACAUCAACAUUCUUUUUACCCUGUUGCUAUUAUUUAGCACAUUUAUUUAACCAUGCCAUUGACCUUCUGGGUGCAUUAAAGUAGAACCCAGGUCAUUAUGAGAUAAUGAUGGCAUUUAGACUAAGUGCAAUAUUCCUAAUGUUCCAAUAAGUGGUUGAUAUAGAGGGGACAGGAUACCAUCCCACACUAUCUAAUUAUAUCAAAAGAGCUAGUCUCCAUAUUAUGGAAUGCUUUCCUUAGAGGAGAUUACAUGAUAUAUCUGCUUAUAAAAUAAGCAGAGGUGACACCACUGAGUAGCCAUCUCACAUGUUUUCCUGAAAGAAUGAUGGAUUUUCAGAUCUGUUUAUACUCUCAUACCCACUACCGAUCCCCACCCUUGCUCCUGAAAGGAGUUUGCUUUUACGAGUGAGUUGCUAAUGAACAGAGAGAAGCUAACUGGUUACCCAGGGACCUAGUCUUACUUUCUAUUAAUAGAGUACUCCGGCUAGCUGGACUAAUUGGCCUCACAUUGUCUCUAUCCUGGCUUUACUUCCUCUGACCCAUAAACAUCAAGUCCUUUUUUGCCCAUCUCAUUCUGUCAUCUUCCCUCCUUUUCUCUAUAUAUUAGGGUUCAGGAACCAUGAUGCUAAUGAUGACAUUUCAUCCAAGUUCCUAGUUCCAUUAAUGCCAUUUCCUGAUAUCCAGAGAAGCAGUUAUGAUUCUGUCUCACUGCUUAAGCCUUAUUUUGAGAGGACCAUUUUCUUCUUUUCCAAGUGCUGUUCACUUUUAGGAUAUUUCUCUCCCUCUUAAGAGCCUUAGUUUUGACUAACAUACCUUUGUGUACAUAUAAGGUUUUAGUUUUCCUUGAGCCCUACCUAGACCUUUAUCAACAUUGGUUUUGGAAGAGGAAAACUCUCAUUUUCUUAGUAACAUUUUGAUGAUGGGGAGCUCUGCCUUAGAUUCCUGAACUCCUGAGCUUUGAGGAAGAAGACAACGGCCAAGUAGCAAAGGGAAUGACCUUAUCACUCACUUCCUGAGUCAUGCGUCUCCUCUGGGCUUGUGUAUACUCUCUGCUGUUUCCUGCACAUUGCAUCCCAAGUUUUAAAUUAAAGUGGAUCUUAGCCGGAAUGGGGUCUAAUGACUGAUGCAUGGGUACAGUCCUUGGUGUUAACAACCCAGGGCCUUCUUUUGUUCUUGUAGAAGAGAUCUGUGUUUUCGAGGGCCAAGCUUCUGCAUGGGGGCCAAGCUAUGGGAGGGGGUUGUGAGGUUGGGGGUGAAUCCAUAUGGUCUUCACACCUUCUGCCCACUUUUGGAAAGAGGGGGCUUGUGUGGAUUGGUAUGUAUGACAUUCCCCAAGCAGAUCCUUCUGCUAACGGGCACCCAGUGUGGGUGUUAGCGUGGUCCUCUCUCGGAGGUCUCCCUGCUUCCCCAUGACAAGCAAUGAACCCCUUACCGCUUGCUGGGCACCUGCCUGCUGCUUUGCCGUGCUGGUCUCAGCACGGCCUCUCCCUCUGAUGCUGCACCACGAUCUGCAGAGGUGGGAGACGGAGGGGUCUCUGUUGACUGCUACGUGUUGCUUAACUUUAUUUCCCUCUCUUAUGUUUGAAGAGAGUGGACCUGAAACAUGACCUGCAUUCUUUUACUAUGUUCAGAACCUCCAGGGCUUGUCCACACAUAUGUAUAAAUGAUAAUAGAGCUUGGAAAUCUUUAUUAUACAGACACACUGAUGGAAAUGAGAUCUGUUGUAUUGGAAUUUGUGAUGUAGUUGAUCAGUCAGAACCAAACUCGUACACCAAUAAAGACAAGAGUGUCAGAUUAAUGGUCUCCAUUGCCUACUUUUUAUCACCUACUAAUAAUUAUUUUUACAUAAACUUGAGAAUAUAAUUCAGUGUUGGGAUUCCUAAAGGCACUACAGACAGCCUCCUAGAAGUUGUCCCGCUGAUUCCCAUUUAGCUCCCAAGCAGCCCCCUCUGCACCCAGCAGGGCCAGGAUUAGGGUAAUGUGGGGAGGCCCUCAAUUAAAGUGCAGAAUUUAAAGGGGCACCAACAAACUCAGCCAUCAAGGUAAAUCAUAUUUCAGUGCAAUAUUUUAAAAGCCAAAAAUUAAUGAAAGAAAUCUAUGAAGAAAAUUUAAAAAUUUUUAAUUAAGACAGGAUUGAGAGGGUGGGGAUUAGGGUGAGGUGAGUGCUACAAAUUCAAGGUCAAAUACUGUCGUUAUUUGAAAUUUCAAGUUUUUUUCUUCAUAGAUGUUUUUGUUAAAUUUUAUUUUUUUAAUAUUACAUUAAAACAUUAUUCAUAAUGUUUUGAUAUUUUAUAUUAACUAUAAAUGGAAUAUAAUCUUUAAAAAUUGUGAGUCAUAUAUUGUACACCUGAAACAUAUGAUAUUGUACAUCAACUAUACCUCAAUAAAAAAAUAAUUUAAACAAAGGGAAAAAAUAAAACAUUAUUCAUGUCGAUUACUGAAUUUGUGGUGCUCCCUUAAAUUUUGUGCACAAGGCAAGAAUCUCACUCCCCUCACCCUAGCUUGGCCCUGGACUCAGGCUCCUUUUGGCCAGGAUCUUGUGUAAACCUCUGGCCUUUGCAAAGCUCUGUUUUGUAUACAUUAGCUGCUGGGUUGAUUAGCUUUCGGUCUUCUCUCUUUUCCUGCAUUCCUGGCCUAAUUGUCCUUCCUCCCUCCAUCCCAUCUGCCCCUGGAGAUACAUUUCUCUGACUCCCUUUUGCUCAGCCAGCCUCAGCAUCCCUGGCACUAACCAUCCUGUGCUAUCUGCUGAAAUAUCUGCAUAGAUGGGCACUCUCAUCUUCUGAUGGCCUUUUUUCUGUAUGUGACUCUCCAGAGUGAGGAAAUGAAUCAAGACUGCCACAAAAAAAAGAAAAAAAAAAAAAAGAAAAGAAAGAAGACAAGAAAGAAAGACAAGAAAAGAGAGAGCAAGAGAGAUUCUUUUAAAAAGGCAGAAAGGAUAGGAGGGUCCAGGGAUCUUCUUAGCAAAUUUGAGAAUUAAUCUAGGGAAAAAUUGGAUAAAAUUUUUAAAUAUAAGUGAAAUUUAAAAAUAUAUUAGAUAUUGCUUCAUUUCCCCACAUUUGGAGUUGUAGUGUUAGAUUUGCUAAGUUAGAGAUAUAUACUCUUUGAGAUUUAAAAUACUCCAUUUUCACUUAGCCUAUUCCUUAAUGUCAUGAGCCCCUUUUGUAAUGUGUGCAUUUUUGAUUAUUUUAAACAACCAAUACCAAAUGCCUUUUAUGUGCCAGGCCUUAUGAGUUGCAUUUUCACAUUAAAAAAAAAAAAAAAGAGGAAGCCCUGUCAGCACUGCAGGAUAGAUAUUAUUACUCUGUUUUAUAGAUGAGAAAACUAAGGCUCGGAGAGCUUGAGAGGAAAAAUAAUGAACCCAAAUUACAGCCCCAAUGUGGGGGAGUUUCUGUUCAGUCCCCAGUCGGCCUCCCUGAAGUCUGGGGCUCUUUCCAGCUGAGUGCGCUGCUGAUCUUUUCCAAAAAUAGCAUGGAGCAAUUUUGAAACUCUGCAAGAGGAAUUGUAAUGUUGGUGUUGUACCUUUCAUGUGGGCUUAUCAAGGUAGGCUGAGGGUAUUAACCUUCAAACAUGCAGCCAGGGUCGUGCCAGACAGCGGGGAGUGGGUUUAUUGCUGGGGAGAAAGGAGCCAGUAGUAGGCUGACCCCGGGCCCAGUCUCUAAUGUAAGGGUUGACACAGGGGUCACUAGGGAGGUCUUCUCAAUGGAGUCGUUACCAGAAGUACUAAAUAAUCAUGAAUAAUAAACUCUUAUUUUUAUUUUUUCUGGUUAAAAUCAUGUAAAAUCCCUCUUCCCCCACCCCAACCCACUCUAAAAUGUUGGCCUUUUUUGUUUUAUUUCAGAAAACCCUAGGAAAAGAAUCCUAUAUCAUAGAUCUCUGACUCUUUCUUGGUCACCUUCACUCCUCUGAGAUAAGCACAUCACUUUUCCUAGGUGAACUUGAUGUCUAUCUCUCCAAAGACAGAGUUCAAAGAGUACCAAGAGUUUUAGGAGUCAGGUGAAGUGCACACAUUUACUGAGGUUUGUAAACCAGUGUUGCGAGGGUUAAAGCACCCACAGCAUCUGCCUGGGUCACCCUGUUCCAGGGAGACCAAGAGGACACAGGCUAAUACUGCCUUCUCGAUAACCAUUCUACAGACAACCAAUUUCAAUGCCAGCCAUGUGUGAACAUCUUGUAGGACAGACAAGUCACUUUUCUGGCUUACCCUCUAUGACUCAUUGUUUUCAUUUUCCAUGCAAAGGUCCAUGUUUCCAAAUUGCCUACUCGAAAGGGGUCAAGAUUCUCAUAGAUAUUUAGCCUUUAAGGAGUCUUUUUAAAAAACAGGAAUCACCUUUGGUACGUGGCAUUUCUUCCAUGGGAAGAGCAUACAUCAGGAGCUUCAUAAGGUCAGGGAGCUGAUAUUCUAAGGUAUCUACUUUGUCACAGGGGCACGUACACCCACAGAUUUGUAAGUGUGACUUCAUGGUAAUCUUGUAAGUAAAGUAACACGUGCUCCCCCAAAACAUCACAUAGCAGUGCCUCACUGCACAUGACGAGUGCAGAUGAAUUACAAAUGGGGAGGUUAGCCAAAAUGAAUAAAUUCUUUUCUGACCCAAUGUUUUACUCUCUUAAUUAUCUUAAUGACUUAGAAAAGACCAGAGUUCGGGGUAUGAAUUAUUCAGUUGCCGUUCAAAGGCCAUCAUAACAAAUAAGGUUACAAUCAAACUAUUGUUUGUUGGAGACUUCUAGGCCCCCUAGACACCCAUGCCUGUAACAGUACAAAGCUGUAAAGCUUGGGCAGCCCUUUAGUGUUUGUUAAGAUGCAGCCCGAGAGCGGCUUGGAGAGACUACAGAGGAUCAGACUUCACACAAGCAGAGUUGAAAUAUUUCCAAAGAGAAUUUGAUGAGUCUUUUGCUUACCCUGGAAUAAGUAUUGUGUGUGUUUUGCUUGUACCUACCAUUUGCCAAUAUGGAAAAGUUUCCUAAUGAAAUGAAAUCAAACAAAUCUCUGACUAAUGAUACUGUGUGAAAUCUUUAACAAAGAAACUCCCGGAUAGGGCGGCAUAGAGGGGAUGAGGAUGAAAGUUCAGAUUUGGUUCAGCCUGUAUAAUCAUAUGUCUUUGUCGGAUGAUGAAUGUGUAUAAUCAGGAAGUCACGUCUUACCCGGGAAUUGAGUGGCAGUAGUCAUCGAAUGAUAUUGAAAAUCGCAGAUGGAAAGACUUAUUGACAAUUGUGUAAGUUUCUAACCACAGACUGUUCAAUGGACAAACAAGUGCUUUGGCAUCUCCAGCUCUUAGAACGGUACCCAGGACAUUGCAUAAUUAACAUGUGGUGAAUAACUGAAGGAACACGUGAAUGGAUAAGUGUAUUUGCUGUGCUUGUAACUGUACUGUAGCUUUGGGAGAAAAAUACGUCUCUACUUCACCAGGCAUCUGACAUGGCUAAUAAGUUAAAUUCUCCUCUGAUUCUGUUAGGAGCAGAAGUUAGGCAACCUUUCCAUUUGAAUUGCUGAAUUUGGUUACCCUCUCUGGUCUGCUCUUAGAGCUCUUAGAGGUCUCUAAACAUGGAAAUAUUUAACUCAUGAUGGGUUAAGGCAUACGAAUUGUGAUUUGGAAGGUAUGGUAGCACAGGGGUUUAAAAGGCAUUUAGGGGAUAAUCUUGUCAUUCUAAGUAUAACUGCAAUGUCUCCAUGAGAAAAUGACUCCCAUUUCUAAAUAAUCAACGUGGAAAUGGACUUUGGUAACUAGAUUCAUUUAUGACUUGAGGAGUCCCUACGUAUGAACAAUAUACCUGACACAAUAGGUAAAUAAAUAUAUUUUCACAAACACUUUUUAUAAAGUUACCAAAAUUUGAGAAUUCCUAAACUCCCCAAUUUGAAGAGGAAAGUCAGUAGGAAUUUGGCAAAUUUUGCAAUCCAUUUAAUACACAAAAUGUCAAGGUGCGCAAAUGGGGUCAGAUUAGACUCAGUGCUUCUGAUGAUUCUGUAUCAAGACAAUUAGAAACUACGAUUACUUCAAAAGUUUACUUAAGAAAGUCAAGUUCGCUAACUCAGUUAAUUUUCUUCAGAGAAAAUAUGCUACUAGAAUGCAAAGUGAUAAGAAUGCUAACUGUGGUAUAACUUAGUAUUCAUAGUAUAAGAAAUUAUUCGGAUAUUAUUUCAUUCCCGCCCGCAAGUUCUUAAGUUUCAUUCGGAAUUUCAUCUUAUGUGAUUUGAUCUGUACCAAAUAAUGUGAGAAGAGAUAAUGGGAUUUAAGGAGAGGAAUGAUUGAAUCACCAUGUCCCAAUAAAAAGUGUUCAAAUUGGAUUUCACUACAUAAUGAAUUCUGCUUCAACUUACUUUGACAUAAAUAAGAUUGGGUAAGGGAAACCAGAGUAAAUCAAAUAAAUUAAUAAAAGCUAUCAGAGCUGCUUCACAUUUGUCCCCCAGACAGUGUCUGCUUAUUUGUAUAAUAAAACCUGCUCUCAUAAAUUAAAACCUAGGCAUGCCACUUGGUUGAAAGCAAAAAUUUAAGGAAAAGUUAGCACAUUUUUGGGGCCUGAUUAAGGUGCCUUCUGGUUUCAUCAAUAUCAAUAGUCCCUUUGAAAACUGAAACCUGAAACCCAGAAGAACAAGGUUCAACUUUCAACUAGAAUUUUUUUACAAAAUAAGAUUGGAGAUACAGGCAUGCAUGCAAUAUUGAUGAUUAGCUGUCCUUCAUAUUUUCUUAAUUACACACAUUUACUGAACACGAAGAAAUUUUUUCAUUUUGUCUAGAUGGAGGCCGUGUCUCUAUCAGCAUAAUAUAUCACGGUAUUUGUGAGUCUCGUGCAAAAUUGAAUUUGCAUCUCUCCUGCCACUCACGGGGAGUUCAUUAUCUUACAGUACAACCACUGGGGAAAAUGCAAUUUCCAGUGUUUAAUAAAACUGUGGUCUCUUCACAAGGCUUAUGAUGCUUGAGCAAUUUGUUAGUCACAAUUGAUCACAGAUGCUUAACCCUAAUUAUAUGGUGGAUAGUGCCAGUAAGGGCGAUUUUAAAUAUUUAUUUACUAUAUUUCAAUGCAAACAGGGUAUUUUGCAACUGCACUGUUAUUUGUAUUUCUCAGAGUUGAAGUGUCUUCUCAAAAUGUUAAACAUAAAAGAUAUGUCACAAAGCUAAACAUACAAUAUAUAAAAUAUGUGCUGGAUGUGGUUAAGAGGCAAGGAAACUGAUGGGAAAAGCCUCUACUCUUGCUUCCUAGUUUAGCCAUGGACAGUGGAAAGAAAUAGGGCAUUGACGGUCCUGAAAUGUGUCCCUUGGACUAACUAGUACUUUUUAACUCUCUGGGGUAGAGAUGAUCACUGCGGCCCCUUUAAGCUAGUCAGUUUGGAAAUCUGUGAUCUAAUUAAGCCUCACUGAUCAAAAAUUAUUAAGCAUUUAAAAUAUGACCUCACUAAUUGGAAAACUGAAAGGCCAGAAGCCUGUUUUCUGAUGAUCCCUUAAAAAUGAGGUUCAAGUGACAAAUCACUGAAAAAGAACUGAGUUGUAAGUAGUGGGGUCGAGCCCUCAAAACGGGAUCUUCAGCUAAUUAAACAGCUUUUUGAAGGAUGGCUAUCAUAUGUGCAUGAUUUCAGUGGCCCUAGAUCUUUAUAUUAAAGAUGCAAUUUAAAUUUGAACCACAUCUGGUGUUCUUUGUGCUGUAAUAAACCAAGUGUGUGAAAUUAA